ACGAGGAUCGCGUUCGACGCCCGGCGUCGCGACGCCCGCUAACGUGAAUUGACUUGUGCUCGUGUUACGACAGCGAUAAUUGCCGCGUACGAGUAGCGAGGAGUAGAAAUCGAGACUUUCAAUUUCGAGAUAAUUACUAGGAGCAAAAAAGCUCUCAACACCGAUGAUUAACGAAAAUUCGGUGAAUUUCGAAUUUCGAUGCUUUUCAGGUUUCGCUAAUUUAACUCGUCGAUGUCGCGACGUUUUCACGCUUUCGAUUUUCUGUCGUUUCGUAUCGCUUUUGCGAUAGAAUUUGAAAUUUAUACCGACCUGUUUUAUUCGUUUCACGCAUUAGUGAAAGGUUUCAUCAUUUUUUCGAUUUACUUGAGAAUAGUUUUCGGUCCAUUUUUUUUAACUCGGUUCAACAUAUCGCAAUAAAUCGUAGAUUUACGCGAUGAGAAAAUUACGAGGAAAAUAAAUAACGGACGGUGUCUGCAAAAUUGAACGGAUUUCAAUUUUCAGUUAAACUUGUAACCCUCGCGAUUCUAAAAUAUAGAAACAAAUUAGCACGUUUCGUCAGCAAAUAAACAUGCAAAUUUUUAUGCAACGCAUGCAAUCUGUGACAAUAAAUUCGUUCUUACGAUCGUUUCUCGAUUCUUCUCACGUGGAAAAAGUGGUGGAGAAAUACAUUUGAACAAAAAUUACCUCAGACGUGAAAAAACGGACAUUUUCGAAUAUUUGUUAAACGUAAAUAUGAUAAAUUAAAAAUACGAACCGAAUAUAUGGAUAUAAGACGAGUGAUUGAAAUUCGAAGUACAGACAAAAGUGAAAAAGAUUGAAAUAAAAAAAUUUGAAAGAAAAAAAAACAAAUCGAAAUACGACAAAAGUUUCAAUUCUUAUUUUAAUUCUCAUUCACAGCAUGAGUUGAUCCUGACCCAGAGAAAAAGUUUUUUUCCUCUACCGAAAAUCAAGUGUAUUAAUAAGUAGGCCUAAACAUAUAUUCGCUAACGUUAAGUGACGCGGCUGGUGAGACGAGAAAAAAAAAAAGAAAAGAAAAUAAGUAAAAACAAACAACGUACACAUCGACAAAACGGCGAAUGUUUAAAAAUAUAAUUUGUGGUGUGAACAAGCGUGACAACGUAUUAAUGAACGCACGUGUCUCGGAACUUUACGUUAACUUGAAAAAGUUUUGGUGUAUAAAGAAAUAACGUAAUAAACUAACGACACGAGAAAUUAUGCCCGAUUGGAGAGGAAAUACGCGGCGACAAAUCUGACGUAGAUCAAGAGUGGAAAAUAAGAACCGUAACGAGUAUUGACGAAUCAUGCGAUGACGAUGGCGGGAUCGAGGGAGAAUACGAAGCCCGUUGAGGAGCUUGCAAGAGUCGGUAAUAAAGCGUGGCAGUGUAUCCGGGGAAGGAAAAUGCGAAAUGAAGCUACCGCAAGGGAGGUAAAUAUUGUUUGAAAUAAAGAAAGGCUUGGGCAGCUGGAGAGGAGGACCGGGCAUAAGGAUGCGCGGGUUGAGAAGAGCCACUGGCAACAAUGUGACAUUGUUGAGACAAAGAUGUUGAUGAGCGGUGGGAAUCUAUCGACCAGUUUAACGAGCAACUUAACCACGGUGCUUCGGCAUGUGACCAGCUGCAACGACACUCCCUUCAACGGUUGCCUGUCCGGCUGCAGUCUCGGACAGGGUGCUGCCGAUUCAAGUACCUCCCUAUGGGCCCCGUAUGAUCACUUUUGCACCGUUGAAUACGACUCGGCCCUGUUAUGCAGACCAUGCGACUACCUCGACUGUGACGUCAACGUAUCCCUCGUCCUCAGCGGCCUCGAAAACGUCGAGGGAAUGUUCCUUACCCAGUUCCCCAUGCUCAGAGACUGCAACUCCACGGUACUUGAAGAGUUGCUCGAGUGCUCAGCGACGAACGAUCCUACGGUCUCUGACAUACCGGUGACGUGUACGCGUCGCUUACAGCGUCCAUCCUGGAGCGUCAAAGGCAAACGGUUCGACUGGACUUUCCUCUUCGUCGCGGUUUUCAUAGUCGCUGGUGGCUUGGGCAACAUCCUUGUCUGCCUGGCCGUUGGCCUGGAUCGACGACUCCAUAACGUCACAAACUACUUCCUCCUCUCGCUCGCGGUUGCUGAUCUCCUCGUCAGCCUCUUCGUCAUGCCGCUCGGCGCCAUUCCCGGGUUUUUGGGUUACUGGCCGUUCGGAAUUGCCUGGUGCAACGUUUACGUAACGUGUGACGUCCUCGCCUGUUCGGCCAGCAUAAUGCACAUGUGCUUCAUAUCGCUGGGCCGCUACCUUGGAAUCAGGAAUCCGCUAAAAACGAGGCAUAUAUCCACAAAACGUCUCGUCGGAUUCAAAAUUGCCGCCGUUUGGCUCCUCGCCAUGUUGGUUUCCAGCUCGAUCACCGUUUUAGGGUUGAUCAACCCCCGGAACAUAAUGCCGGAGCCCGGCCUCUGCGUGAUAAACAACCGAGCGUUCUUCGUUUUCGGUUCCCUGAUCGCCUUCUACAUUCCCAUGAUCGUCAUGGUCACGACGUACGCGCUGACGGUACAGCUGCUCCGGAAGAAGGCGCGAUUUGUCGCCGAGCACCCGGAGGGCGAUCAGCUUCGACGCCUUGGCGGUCGGUUCGCAGCGACAAAAACACCGACGACACCUUCCAGGUCUUCGACUCUCUCCACUCGUCAUCUGUGGAGGACAUCCGGCAGCAGCGGAAGCAGUGACAGAAACUUGAGCAUGAGGGGCAGCACCUCGCAGCCUCAGCUCAACUUCUCGAUGAACAGUCCUGGUACCCCAGAUCACGUCGUUCCGUCCUCUAGAGGCGGGCGAAAGGUCGACCAGGGCACUCAGACGCCGGAAAACAUCGCCAGGGAAACUAGGAACUUCAAGCUUCGCACCCUGAAAUUGCAACUAAACGUCACACCGACUACACUCAAUCUCAGAUUCCUGGCGGGGCGAACGAAGCGGAGAUCGCUGGCUGCGAACGCGGUAGCGACUGAACAAAAGGCAAGCAAAGUGCUCGGCCUUGUGUUUUUCACUUUUGUUCUGUGCUGGACGCCGUUUUUCGUCCUCAACAUUCUCUUCGCCGUUUGUCCACGCUGCUCGGUGCCCUCACACGUCGUCGACACCUGUCUCUGGCUCGGUUACGUUUCGUCGACGAUAAAUCCGGUAAUUUACACCGUGUUCAACCGCACCUUUCGAGCCGCCUUCAUAAGACUUCUCAAAUGCAGGUGUUCCAGGUUGUCGAGACCGCCGAGAUACCGGUCAGUCACAGAGGGCGGAAGAGGCGCCAUGGGCCUAUGCACUCCGAGCAGCCUGCCAUUGGCGAUCAGUCUUCAGGGAACGCCGCUUCUGACGCCAGCCUCAAACCCGGCGACGACACCAGCGUCGGGAAGCAGCUACGUCACGGAUCGGAACUUUGGCCUUGUUCUCGAAAAAAGGACAUUGGUAACCGCUUCCAUUGAAUGAGCCAGCCCUUAUGGGAUUCGUCUGCCGCGUUCGAAGACUAACUUACCGACAUCAACAAUUAUAACAGAUCAGUACGCGAUCUGUGGAGCCGGCACAGCUGACUGACUUAUCGACGAAGAUAUUCUGCCUU